AUGAAUGCUUUCUUCGAUGGCUACGUGCAUGCCAGAACAAAUCUUAAAGAAUUUGUUGAUCAGUUCGACAAUGCUCUGAAGAAAAAAAUUAAGAACGAAAACCAAGCUGACUUCAAUUCAUUUAACUUCACCAUUCCUUGCAUAUCACACUUGGCUCUUGAGAAGAAGUUUCAAGAUGUAUACACAAAUGCAAAAUUUAAGGAGGUUCAGCAAGAAAUAAUGGGAAUGAUAUAUUGUCAUUAUCGUUUCGAGAAAAUGGAGAGAGUAAUUGCAAUUUACUCGGUCGAUGAUCAAGUAAAGGCUGAAGAUUUCAUCAAGGAGGUUACGUAUACUCUUUACUUUAAUGAGGCGGAGUGUGAGACGAAGUGUGUUUGUGGGUUGUUUGAGAUGCGAGGGAUAAUAUGUAGACAUAUUCUUGCAAUCUUUUCAGCUAAGAAAGUCCGUGAGUUGCCAGAGAAGUACAUAUUAGACCGCUGGCGGAAAGACAUAAAACGGGCUUAUACUUUUAUUUCGACCAAUUAUGACGCUGUUGAUCGGAGACCUGAAACUGUUAGAUAUAAACGUAUUUUGAGAACUUUCAAUGAGGUAAUAACAAAUGCAGUUUCGACCGAUGGGCAUACUGAGGAAAUGAUUUCAAACUUGAUUGCGAUGAAUGAGGUUUGGUGCACAUCGAAGCCCUCCAACACGGAUUCCAAUGUUGGAGGAAGUACCGUGAAUGCAUUCACAGAAGGAAGUUCCAAGAAAGUUCUAAGUCUCCAUGUUGUUAGAGGCAAAGAAAGACCCCUGUGUAAGAGGAGGAUGUCCACGAUGGAGGAAAGAAGGCGUAGAUUGGACACCGAACCAUUGGAAAGCACUGAAAACCAAGUCGGCCUAUCGGAAAUGAUGAUACAAGAAAAUGUACAAACUCCCAUAAUGGUCAAUGAAGAAAGUGGACAACAUCUGAUACAACUAGGAAUGGAUGGAACACAGCCAGAGACGGCAGAUGGAACGCAGCCUAGCAAUUGUUACUUCACCUUGAAGGCAUGGAACGCUCAAAAAGGUGGAGCAGCAGCUAUUCUUGUUGCGGAUGACAAGAUUGAACCAUUAAUUACCAUGGACACUCCUGAAGAAGAGAAGGCUGAUGCUGAUUAUCUACAGAACAUCACCAUUCCUUCAGCUCUUAUUAGCAAGUCUUUGGGGGAUAGCAUUUAA